GCCACCAAAGGUCACACUCUUAGCUCCCCAAAUCACCCAGCUUUUCACACUAUUCCACCCCUCUCUCUCUCUCUAUGAGGAAGAACCAGUCUCACUAUUCCCACUCCGCUUCUUCUUCUUCUACUACUUCAACCAACAACCCCCUCUACUCUCUCUAGUCUCUCCUCUCUUCUACCCCAAAACCCCUCAUCUCCCCUUGUACCCAAUAAACCGGGUCACCCGGGUUUAAACUCCGAACCCGACUCUCCAGGCCUACUACUACUCCUCCCCAUGGAGAAGAAGCAAGGUUUCUUCUCUGCUCUCAAAGACGAGGUCGUCCGCGGCCUCAGCCCCUCCCGCUCCCGCUCCCGCUCCUCCAGCCCCGCCCGCUCCGCCUCCCCCAUGUCCUCUCUCCUCCGCCGCACCAAAAAGCACCACCACCACGCCGCCGACCAGCCCGAAAUCGGGAGAUCCGGCAGCCUCAGGCCGGUCAUGGAGGGCCCCGAUCCGGACGGCGGCGAAAUCGGGGACUCCAAGCGGGUCGGGUCGGGUCUCGGCCACUGGAUGCGCGGCCAGCUCUCCCGCACUCCUUCCGUGAGCUCGGCCGUGCAGAACAGCCGGCGGUCUGAUCUCAGACUCCUCCUCGGCGUCAUGGGAGCUCCGCUUGCUCCCCUCCACGUCAGCACCUCCGACCCUCUCCCUCACCUCAGCAUCAAGGACACUCCCAUCGAAACUUCCUCUGCUCAGUACAUACUGCAGCAGUACACGGCCGCAUCUGGUGGGCAGAAGCUGCAGAACUCGAUUAAAAAUGCUUAUGCAAUGGGGAAGGUUAGGAUGGUAGCUUCUGAGUUUGAGACUGCCACAAAGGUGAUGAAGACCAGGAAUGCUUCUAGAUGUGCAGAGUCGGGCGGGUUUGUGUUGUGGCAGAUGAAUCCGGACAUGUGGUAUGCGGAGCUUGCGGUUGGGGGCAGCAAAGUUCAUGCUGGCUGCAACGGGAAGCUUGUUUGGAGACACACGCCGUGGCAGGGUGCACAUACUGCGAAAGGGCCUGUGAGACCCCUGCGUCGUGCGCUGCAGGGUCUUGAUCCAAGAUCUACGGCUAGUAUGUUUGCCGAUGCCAGAUGUAUUGGAGAAAGAAAGGUCAAUGGGGAGGAUUGCUUCAUCCUCAAGCUCUGUGCUGAUCCUCAAACUUUGAAGUCCAGGAGUGAAGGCCCUGCGGAGAUAAUUAGGCAUGUGUUGUUUGGCUACUUUAGCCAAAAGACCGGGCUUCUUGUUCACAUGGAGGACUCUCAUUUGACCCGCAUUCAGUCCAAUGGUGGUGAUGCUGUUUACUGGGAAACCACAAUCAAUUCGUUCCUUGAUGAUUACAGACCUGUUGAGGGAAUCAUGAUUGCGCAUUCUGGGCGUUCUGUGGUUACCCUUUUCAGGUUUGGCGAGAUGGCAAUGAGCCAUACCAAAACAAAGAUGGAAGAAGCUUGGACGAUUGAAGAGGUUGCAUUUAAUGUUCGGGGAUUGUCAAUGGACUGCUUUAUCCCCCCAGCUGACUUGAGAUCUGAGACUAUAAUGAGUGAAGCUUGCGAGCUUCCUCAUGAUGAAAGGGGAAAGGGUGGAGGGAUUGCUGCAGCAGUGCAACGGGCCAAAGUAGCUGCACUGGAGAAAGAGCAUAUUGCUAAUGGUGAUAGCAUGCGCUGGAAGAUGGAAAUAUAACAGGGAGCAGCGCUUGAUUAGGCAUUGUUUAUACCGGUAGCAGCAAAUUAUAAUCAGCUAACACCUUAGAAGUUACAAAGUAGGAGUUGCGUCGCUUUUUUGGACGUUGGUUUAUGCCUCUCAAUCUGUAAAUAGAGCGUAAUCAUUUCCAGGUUUCAUUGGCCUGGAUGAAUCAUUACACGCUCAAUGCAGAAUCCAACAAAGGUGUUGGAGCUUGAUCUUCCAGUUGGGGAUAGAGAAAAUGGAGGUUCAUUUUUAGUUUACCUUCCGUGGACGAGGGGGGAGGUGGUGAAGCUUUGGUACAGCAGAGCCAUUAACCAUGGAUAAAUUCCGCUAAUUCUCUUCCAUGAAUUAUGGAGUGGUGGUGUCAAGGAAACUGCCACUUUCUGGCAUGAAUCUAUAGCAGCCUAAUGCCUAUUUAGUUUGUUUAGUUCUUACUGUUUUUGGGUGUGUUGGUCUUUUAUGGUUUGAUUGAAUCAAAAGUUUCUGAAUUUGUAAUGUCUGAAGAAUAGGGCAGGGUAAAAAGAGAGGAUAUUGGAAAUUUAUUUUCCUUUAACUGUUGAAAGCGUAACUGACUUGUAUGGGUUGUAUACUGGCAUUUUUCCAGUGUCCCCAUCAGGGGUAUUGAAUGCUCAUGAGUCAUGAAUAUAGUUAAUCAUCAUCACCAUC